GAUUAAACCUCUUAUCAGUUGUAUUGAGAUUAAGUGAGAAAAUCCUAUUAUAUCUCACACUUAAGCACUGAAUUGAAUGCCAAAUACUUUUCAACAGUAAUUCAAUCGACAAAUUGUGUUAUAUUUUGCGUAAAACGUGUGAAUAGUUUAAAGUUUUAAUUAUUUGUUAAACACUUUUAUGUGUUUUUUAAUUAAUCGAUAGUUUUAUUUAUAAAAGUUAUACAUUUUUAUUAUAAUAAUAUCACUAAAUGUGUUGCGAAACCAUUUAAAUCCCAUUAUCUGACCCAUUGAUCACAAGUGAUGACCAAAUGGCCACUAAUUAUCAUCGAAGACCACAACCGCCGGAAAACAGACCCUCGGCUUUGCUCUCGAAGGAAGAAAAUACGGUUCUCUUCGGUUUGUUAGGCAAGAAGUGUACGACACUGUCAUCAUCGGUGGUGCAGUUAUUGCUGACAGAACCUCCACAUCACUCGAAAUGGCAGAUCCGUUGCACAGGAGUGGUCUGUUUUGUCAAAGACAACCCCAAGAGAUCCUAUUUUAUUCGUGUCUAUGAUUUUGAUAGACAACAAUUGGUUUGGGAACAGGAGUUAUACAAUACUUUUCAAUACAAGACUCCCCGCGAGUUCUUUCACACAUUUGAGGCUCACGACUGUAUGGCUGGUCUCAACUUUGCCGACGAUAAAGAGGCCAAACUA